GGAGGAGGAGACGGGAGGGGAGGAGAAGAUGGCGACUUCGAACAAUCCGCGGAAAUUCAGCGAGAAGAUCGCUCUGCACAACCAGAAGCAGGCAGAGGAGACGGCGGCCUUCGAGGAGGUGAUGAAGGACCUUAGCCUGACGCGGGCGGCCCGGUUACAGUUACAGAAAACACAGUAUCUACAGCUGGGACAGAGCCGAGGCCAGUACUAUGGAGGGUCCCUGCCCAAUGUGAAUCAGAUUGGGAGCAGCUCCAUGGACUUGCCCUUCCAGCGCAGCGGAAUUCUUGGAGAGACCUUGGGAGCAGCUCCUGUCUCUUUGACUCCUUUUCAGUCAUCGGGCCUGGAUACCAGCCGGACAACUCGGCAUCAUGGUCUAGUGGACAGAGUAUAUCGGGACCGCAACCGUCUUGGGUCUCCUCACAGGCGUCCCUUGUCAGUGGAUAAACAUGGACGGCAGGUGGACAGCUGUCCGUAUGGAACCGUCUAUCUGUCUCCUCCGUCAGAUACAAGCUGGAGAAGGACCAAUUCUGACUCUGCCCUACAUCAGAGCACCAUGACUCCUGCUCAACCAGACUCCUUUGCUGGAGGCUCCCAAGACAUCCAGCAGAAAAGAGUCUUAUUAUUGACAGUCCCAGGAAUGGAGGAAACCACCUCUGAGACAGACAAAAACCUCUCAAAACAAGUGUGGGACUCUAAAAAGACAGGGUCAUCAAGACCGAAGUCCUGUGAAGUCCCAGGAAUCAACAUCUUCCCGUCCACUGACCAGGAAAACACUACAACCCUAAUUCCUGCUACCCAUAACACAGGGGGCUCCCUCCCCGACCUGACGAAUAUCCAUUUCCCUUCUCCUCUCCCAACUCCUCUGGAUCCGGAGGAAUCCACGUUUCCAGCCCUGAGCAGCUCCAACAGCACUGGCAACCUGGCGGCCAACCUGACGCACCUGGGCAUCGGCACCGCCAAUCAGGGCAUGUUGGCAACUCCAGGCUCCUCACAACAGCACCAUCAACCAACAGUCAGUCCCCUCUCCCUGAACGCAGAGUCGAGACGGCAGCAGAACCAGCAGAUGUCUCCUACGCUCUCCCCUCUGUCGCCAAUCACUCAGGCUGUGGCUAUGGACGCCCUAUCCCUGGAGCAGCAGCUCCCAUACUCCUUUUUCACUCAAGCAAGUUCCCAGCAGCAGCCGCCACCGCCGCCGCAGCCGCAGCCUCCGCAGCCGCCCCAACAGCAGCCCCAGGUGCCAAGCAGCCUCUCCCAGACCACCCCCUUAAUGCCGAGCUCGGGUUUGCAGCGGGGGCCUCCGCUCCCCCCGCUCUCGGUCACAGUACCGUCUACCAUCCCCCAGUCCCCUCCAGGCAACCAGGCCCAGCCGUCCAUGGGGAUAGACAUCACCUCGGGUUCACUCCAGCAGUACCGCAGUAAUGCUGGCUCCCCAGCCAACCAGUCUCCCACUUCUCCUGUCUCCAAUCAAGGCUUCUCUCCUGGCAGCUCCCCUCAACACUCUUCCGUCCUGGGCAGCGUCUUUGGGGACUCCUUUUAUGAUCAGCAGAUGACAGCAAGGCAGGCUAAUGCCCUGUCCCAUCAGCUGGAACAGUUUAAUAUGAUUGAAAACGCUAUCAGCUCUAACAGCCUGUACAGCCCCUGCUCCACACUUAACUACUCCCAGGCUGCUAUGAUGGGACUGACGGGGAGUCACAGCAGCCUUCAGGAUUCACAGCAGCUAAACUACUCAAGCCACGGAAACAUCCCCAACAUCAUCCUUACAGUGACAGGGGAGUCGCCCCCCAGUUUAUCAAAAGAACUGACCAGCACUUUGGCAGGAGUCGGCGACGUGAGUUUUGAUUCCGAUUCCCAGUUCCCCCUGGACGAACUCAAGAUUGACCCUUUAACGCUCGACGGACUCCACAUGCUCAACGAUCCCGACAUGGUCCUCGCUGACCCCGCCACAGAGGACACUUUCCGAAUGGACCGGCUGUAGGGUGCCGACACCUCGAGCCUAGGAGCGUGCCACCUUCCUGGCGCCCAGCCGGACUGAAUGCAGCCACGGGUCAGUGGGCUCCGAUUCCAGGGUUCCCGAGAGCAGCCGCUCUGCCCCAUGCAAUUGAGUAAAGCUUGUCUUUCUAAGCUUGCAGUGCUGCCACCUCCUCAUCCCCCACCCCAGCCUCACCCCCCGGUGCCAUCUUGGACCCUCUGGUUCAGUCUACUCGUUGCCAUUUGAAUGAGUUUGGAUCCUGCAUCCGCCUUCCCGCCCGAGUCCCAGCGUGAGGUUGUGAAUGUGUUCUUGCACUAGGAGGGGGGGUGUAUGUGGCCACCACCGCGAAGCAGCGCGCCCGCCGCCCGAGCAGUCUCCCUCUGUAAGAUACCAAAACCAUUGGCCGGCGUCCUUGUGCUCUCAAGUUGCCAUUUCCGCUGUCGUCCCUUCCCUCCCGCCCUCCCUCCUUCCCCUCCUGCCUCCGGGCUCUGAGUCUCGGGCCUGAUGACUCCGGAGCCCCUCCUCGAGCCCCCGAGGUGGAGAGAGCAGAGCUCCGGGGCUUCUGGCUCCCCGACUGCUUGGUUACAGCCGCUUCCUAGUGUAAUGGAGCUUUCCCCAUGUGGAUAUGCCUCGUGCGUUUUCUGAUUUGUUUCCUCUCUGGUUCAGCCCUCACUGCCUUUUCUCAAGCCGUUGGCAAAACGGUGUUCUCUGAGACCGGGGAGCAGCAGCCAGAGCAGACCCAUCCCAGAGGGCUUUGCUGGAUGGGCGUUCCCUUCCCCCAAAAAGAGAGAGAGAAAGAGAGAGAGGGCGUGAAAAAGCAAAACAUAAACACUAUUUUGAGAGAUUUCUUUUUAUAUUUCUGAGCACACAAAAAGUACUAUAAUUCAUUACCUGGUGAAAAUGAAGGAGAGAACGGAAGAUUUAAAGCAGCUAGAAUGACUUCUGUGGCCAAGUUGGACAGACCUACUUGCUUUCCCUUUCCUUGUUACUCUUCCCCAGUCCCCACCCCACCUCAUCUCCAUCCUUUGCCCAGCCCCAUCCUCAUCCCCUUCCCCAUCCCCUGCCAAGCCUUUCCAGUCCUGCCCAGGGGGUACAAAUCCUGGGCAGGAAUAGAAGGAUCUCCUUCUUGGGAGGAGUCCCAGGAAAGGUGGGGCAUUUUUGACCUAUUUUUUAUUAUUGUUCAUUACCUGUUAUGUGUUUUCAGUUAACUUUACAUACUGUUAUUUAAGGAAUUUGUGAUUUUUUUUCUGUUUUUGUUUUGUUUUGUAUUUAAGUAUUUGGAUAGUCGAGACGUAACCGAACUCCAUGGAGCCAUUGAUGCCCUGUAGGUCUGUACAGUGCAUCCAUUUGUGUUUUGAUUCCCCGAAUGAUAUGCAUCAUAGUCUAUAUUUUUAAACCAACUGGAAUUUUAAACAACUCUCAACCAGAAACAAUCACAUCAACGUCUAAAUCUAAAUAAAGAAUGUUACCUUUCUGAUGUCUCCAAAUAAGUGAUCAGCCUUGCCAAAUUCUGCUUGUCUCCAGCGCCAGAAGGUGGUGAGUUAGUCAAGGCCUGCACAGGCUGGGCUUCUGCGGCCUCCCCAGUCUUGCCCCUAGGGGCAUGACGGCGCACAGCUGACAGCCAGGGGAAGGCCCAUAGUGGAACCAGUUGAAGAACUUCCCCUAGGCUCAUAGACCCCUGGAUGCGGGGAACCUUAGAGACCCUGUGGCCCAGGGAUCUCAGCCUUUUGUAUUCUUGACCCCUUUGGCAGUAAGUCUGGUGAAGCCUGUGGAGUCUUCUCAGAAUCAUGUUUUUAAAUACAUAAAACAUGUGGCAAUUUAAAGGAACCCAAUUAUAUUGAAAUAGAGUGAGCAAAGGGCUUUUUUUUUUUUUAAGUUCAUUGAUCCCAGGUUCAGAACUCUUCAUCUAGUCUAAGUCCUGUUUUUACAAAGAAGGAAACUGAGACCUGCAGGGGCAAGGACUUGCUGGGGUCCCGCUGGGACUCCUGCUUGUGGCUCAGUUGCUCUUUCCAUUCCAUUCCCUGACUCCCAAAAGUUCCUGUUUGAAACUUCCAUAUACUCUUAGACUCGGGGCUUGCCAGACCAGACAGAUGAGGGAGGAUUAUGAAACGCUUAAGAAUUUGAGGUUUGGUUUGGUUUUUAACUGUUUACCAAGACUCCCCAAAUCUUCCAUGUCCCAAGAAGUCGGCUGGUUUUUUCAUUCAGCAGUCUGCCAUAAUGGGAUUUGACAAAUUAUGACCCUUCCCCUGGCCCCCCAAUUUUGUCAUUUAAAUUGUAUUAUUUUCAACUAGUUGGUAGUAAAUGCUCAUGAAAAGAAUACAUAGAGGGCAGCUCAUUCCAAUAUGAUUUUUGUCAAAUGUAUACCACUGCCCCCAAAUUUUAAAAAAGCCUUUUAACUUUAUCACAUCAGAGUUACUUUUGUGUUUCCUCCUCCUUGCCCCCUCCCCAUAUUGCUGACCAGAAUUCCAUAGGAGAGGUCACUGUCAAACUCUUCUCCUUCAGAGGGUGCUCCCUGCCCAUUUUGGUUUGAAAUGAGCUGGGAGAGGGAAGGAGGCAACCUUUUGGGGAGUCCAAGAAGGCCAUGAGUUAUAGCUUGAUUUCUGUGUGCUUCAAGAAAUCCAGGGGAGGCCGAGCUCCUUAACCAUACCUCCAUCCAUGCUGGCCAUAACCACCUUCCUCCUUCAUGCUUCUGGACUCUUUUCUAAUCGUUUGCACUAAGGUACAUGAAGGGGAUCAUUUUGUUCUUAAAAUAGGAACUUCUGAAACAUUUUUUUUUCCCUCUCCUGGAGAGUAGGGAGGGCUUUCUGUCUCCUCCAUUUAAGGCUUGAAAAAAUCUUGCCCACUUCUAACUACCACGCUCCUGCCACCUGCUUGUUUUCCUCUGCUAAUGCUGUUUAUUUUUUCUUUUCUCUACUUUUACCUCCUCUACCCCUACUCCUGUCCCCCCCCCAAAAUGAUCAUUUCCAAUGGAAGAGGCAUACACCCAUAAGAGCUUGAGUUACUUUCAUAAAGACGAUCCCAGUCCUUUCCUUCAGAACAGCCAAAGGUAUUGUGCAAAUUUUCUGUGCUUCCUGCAAGUCUUGUUGCUCCCUGAUAAUUCUGUUUGUUCAUUGACUUGGUGUCCCCACCCAUUCGGGCCAGCCAAACUUUGUGCACGAAAAUGCUUGUUUGUGAGACGUUAUAUUUUUUAAACCACUGUCUCUUAAUGAAGCAUCCAGUUUGGAAGGUAUUUGUUCGAUUCACUAACCAGAUUGUGUGGUGGGUAGUUUUUUACAGGGACAUGAUGUUGCUAAAUGCUACCUUGGAGAAUGUGGUCUUUUUUUUUAAAAAACAAAAACAAAAAAAACAAAGACAAAACUACAUGUACAUAA